UCAUCUUGCUUCCAUUUUCUGCAUCUCUCCUACUCAGAUUUGUAGAAACAAAGAACUGAGAAACCCACAACCCAAAAAGGCCUUUGUUUCUCUCCUCAAUUAGCAUCUCUACUUCUCCUUUCCUCUUCACUUUGUUUAUUUCCUUACCAAGCUAGAAACAGCUGCCAUGGCAUACCCCAGCGAUUCCCGGGAGACUUCACCGCAGAGGAGAAUGGGUAGGGGAAAGAUCGAGAUCAAGCGGAUCGAAAACACCACAAAUCGCCAAGUCACUUUCUGCAAAAGAAGAAAUGGUUUGCUCAAGAAAGCCUAUGAAUUAUCUGUUUUAUGUGAUGCUGAGGUUGCUCUCAUCGUAUUCUCUAGCCGCGGUCGCCUCUAUGAGUAUGCUAAUAAUAGUGUUAAAUCUACAAUUGAGAGGUACAAGAAAGCAUGUGCAGAUUCAUCAAAUACUGGAUCUGUUUCUGAAGCUAAUGCCCAGUUCUAUCAGCAACAAGCUGCCAAGCUGCGUGAUCAAAUUAGCGGCUUGCAGAAAUCAAUCAGGAACAUGCUGGGUGAAUCUCUCGGAGGCAUUAAUCCCAAGGACCUUAGGGGCUUGGAGAGCAGGCUAGAGAAAGGAAUUAGUAGAAUUCGGUCCAAAAAGAAUGAGCUGUUGUUUGCAGAGAUCGAGUACAUGCAAAAAAGGGAAAUUGAUUUGCACAAUAAUAACCAGCUUCUCCGAGCGAAGAUUGCUGAGAAUGAAAGGAAGCAACAGAACAUGAAUCUGAUGCCAGGAGGAGGUAACUAUGAGAUAAUUCAGUCUCAGCCAUUUGACAAUCGAAACUAUUUUCAAGUCAAUGCAUUACAACCCACCAAUCAUUAUCCACAACAAGAUCAAAUGGCCCUCCAGUUAGUUUAAUAAGCUUUGAGAGUGAGCAUCAACUUCUUGCCCUCUAUUAGUCUCUGUAGAUCAACCUCAGGUAUUUCACCUUCUGAAAGCUGCAAGUAUAUAUCUAUAUAUACCAAAAAUUUCUUGCAGAAAUCAAGUUUGCCUGAGAACUGGCUGCGCUAGAAAUGUGCUAUCCACCAUGUGCUAGAAAUGUGUAAUCCAACUUAAGACAUUUAAGUAUUGUUGUAAGAGAAGGAUUUCUUUUAUGGAUGUUUAAAACUACUAUGCCAUCAUCACUAGCUUCAUCUA